AUGCCGAAAUGCGAAGUAUACAAUGCUCUCAAAAAAUCAGACAGGCAGCCUCCCCCUAGCAAUCGCAGCAAUGAUCGCGAGCUUCGUGCCAUUGCAAUGUACCGCUACAGGAACCUUUGGAAAGCCGCUGAUAUAGAGGAAUUUAAACGGGCUUUUAUAUACGGUGUGAAUUGUCAUUUCCGUGCGUUUCAAACUGGACGUGUCCUCCACUGCAAUAUCGUUGAAAACAACCUCAUCAUAUAUCAACAUGUUAGGGCAGACAGAAAUGAAGAAGAAAAUGUCACCGAGUAUGAGGACAAUGCAAGCAGGAGGAAAGCCUCACUCCUAAUGACUGAGUCCAAAUCUGUUGAAGUCAACGAACCUCGAGUCCGCAGAGUCCUCACCGACUUCGAUGUGGCAGUCCUUCUAGGCCCCGAUGGCAAACCCACUGUAUCAUCUAUCUGCGACCAUCAUAUUACAGGCACUAUACCCUUCAUGGCCCGCCAUCUUCUGAGGACACCAGAAGAAAGAGAAUUGCAACGAUCGAUGUACCCGAUAAUGCCGACAUACCAUCUGUACCGCUACGAUCUUGAGUCCUUUUUAUACAUCCUUAUCUGGGCUGCGACGUGUUACGAUUUGACCACCCACAAAAGAUUACAGAUGCCCAAAGAUUCGCACCUUGAGGAGUGGUCGAAUAUCAAAAGCAUGAAGAAGACGAGGCAGGCCAAGCAGUUGGGGCAUGGGCUGCUAGCAGAUUUGGAACAGGACAUCCGCCCUGAGUGGAAUGGCCUAUGGAAAGAAUGGAUCCAGCCCCUCUUAACUGUCUUUUCAAAUCAUCACUUCCCUAGAGCAUCCAUCGAGCAGCAUUGUCUGUCCCAGCAGGCUCAUCACAAUUGGGACCGUAUUUCACUUGGCUCAGAACCUCGAGCUCGCAGAGUUCUCAAUGAAUUCGAUAUGGCAGUCAUUCUAGGUCCUGAUGGCAAGCCUACAACACCCUCUACCGGCAACCACCACAUUACAGGCACUUUACCCUUCAUGGCUCGUCACCUUCUCCAGACGCCGGAGGAAAGAGACGAAGACCAAUCGCUUUACCCCACAAUUCCGACGUACCAUUUGUACCGCCAUGACCUCGAGUCGUUUUUCUACAUCCUUAUUUGGGUUGCAACGUGCUAUGAUCUCACUGCCCACAAGAAGUUGAAGCUGCCCAAAGGCACAUACCUCAUAGAUUGGUCGAAUAACAUAAACUUGGGGAGGGCAAGGAUUGCGAAAGAAUUGGGAGAUACGCUAAUGAAAAAUCUGCGACGUGGUAUCCUUCCUGAGUGGAAAGGUGUAUGGAGGGAAUGGAUCAUGCCGCUCUUUGUCUUAUUUGAGGAAGGGCUGCGAUGCAGCGAAGCUGCUCAGAAACGCGGUAACAUCGAUGAUUUCAUCACGGGAGGUGGGCGCUUGACUUUUGACAACUUCAUGCGCAGCAUUAGAGGGGAACCCUUAAACUUGGAUUCCAAGAAAUGA